AUGGAGUCCUACCUGGGCCCGCUCGUGGACCGGGCCGGCUGGGUCGGCUGGCCUGGCGCGGAGCCGGCCCGCGGCGACACGGUGUACUUCGGCGAGUACUGGAACGGCGGGCCGGGAGCCGGCACGGAUGGUCGCGUGGGCUGGGCCGGGUUCGACGAGAUGGACUACGACGAGGCGGCCCAGUUCUCCGUGGAUAGCUUCAUCCUCGGCGACGACUGGCUCCGCGCCACCUCCUUCCCCUAG